AUGCCAAAGGUUAUGCGCUGGGACGGUCCUCCACCCUACCUCGGUCCUUGGGAGCUCAUCAGUCUCGCCUGGAUUCGGGCAUCUAUAAUUGCUCUACUAAUCAUCGGCUUUGCUUUGUGGAUUGGCGCUACGACUGCUGUUGAAGGCAUUCAAGACGCGAAAAAUGCCCUCACAGAGGCAUGCCAGGCGUCGGAAAAGGUGGCCACGGUUGCAGCGAAUCUACCCAACUAUGCGGCCGAGAUCGUCAAUGACCAAAUCAACGCUGCAAUCAUCGAUAGUAUUCAGGCCGCCCACAAGGCACUAGAACUACUACUAGAAGCGAUGACGGCAAUUGUUCGAUACUUCCUACAGGUUGUCAACGGAAUUAUCACGUUUGUCUUUCAGUUCAUUAUUGGUGGAAUUCUCUCGGUCAUUGCAGACUUUACGGCAGCGGCAAGUCGCGCAAUAAGACUUUCCAACCGAUACCUGAACACUGUGGUGGGCGGCAUCGCAGAUGGAAUACAGUCUUCCAUCAACAACACGGUUUCUGGAGUCAAUAGCGCGAUUGAUGUGGCAAACCGUGCCAUUUCAUCGUAUAACAGCAUCCCCUUUGUGCCCGACAUUUCUCUCAUCAGCCAUGUCUCCAUCAACUUUGAUGUCUCGCAAAUCCGCAAUUUUCAAGUGCCAAACACCGUCUCGAGCUCCAUCACGGCUCUGAGCAGUCGUCUGCCCAACCUUGAUUCGCUUAUCAACAGCAUAGAUACCACAAUUGGUGGUCCUGUCCAAGCACUGGAACGGGACAUGAAUGCGACAUUUGCCAAUAUCACUGUGCCAAACGUCAAUAUCACGCUGCCGCAAGUUGGUGCUGUGCAGUAUUGCAACAAACUAAACGUUGGAUUUCUUGACGAGCUGGGAAACGACAUCCUCUGGGCAAUGCAUGUCGGACUAGGCAUAUUGGCUGGCCUAGCCCUCAUCAUUUUCCUCGCCCAUGCGUUUUUCAUUUGGAUCAUGUGGCGAAUCCAGCUUCGAGGGGACGCUAGCGCCAGUGCGUUCUGGUCCCAGGCAGGGACGACGACAAAAACGACAACAGUAGCAGCAGCAGCUCCUCCUAUGUCGGAGAAGAAGCCCGAGGGAGUCCACGAAGAGCCAGAAGCAAGCACUUCGAAAACUCCAGCCUCGACCUACCCAGUCAUUCCCCUCACACGUCAUAACAUUCUCGCCUUGGACAACCCAUUCUCGACAUGGGCCGCUGCCAAAGUCUUGUCCUUUUUCUCCUUCCUGCACCCGUCUCAGGUUGCACACGACAGACUGGCAUGGCUAUUUGCCUAUAUCUUUUCCAUUCAUCCACUCAUCUGCUUCGUCAUUGGUCUUUUUGGAGUCGUCGCCCUCGCACUCCAAUUGAUUCUCAUCAAUAUCGUUCGAGGACGCAUUAAUCGUGAGGUUGGAAAGAUCAUCGACGAUGUUGUGGACGCAGUUGGAGGUGCUGUCAAUGCGCUCAUAUCCAAUGUGGGAGGAGAGGUCGCUUCGGGGCUCAAUACUGCUCUCGGUGGAAUCGAUACGGCAAUCAAUCAGGAUCUCAACGGAUGGAUUUCCACUGCCGUAGGAACAUAUGCCAAUGCGAUGCGCUCAUUCUACACGACACUCACAAAUGGUAUCACAAACACCUUUUCGGGCUCGUUCCUCGAGACGCCGAUGAGGGCUUUGGUGCAGACCAUUGUCGGCGAUCAGGCAACGGGACUUUCCGACGCACAGACCUAUCUCCAACAGAAUCUCCACAUCUCCGUGCCACGUAUCAACUCCAAAGUCUUUUUGAUUUCCAACGGAACGCUGGACGAGAUUUCCGACACACUCGCCAGAGCGGCAAUCGGAGGCAACGGAAACCAAGGCGUGUUUGGACUCAUCUUUGAUCGGUACACCCAACUUCUCAAGAACCUAAUGGUCCUUUUUGGAGGAUUGCUUGCUAUAUGGGCCUUUAUUGUCCUCAUGGGCCUCGUGAUUCUCCUGAUGGACAUCAUUCGGCAUCCGCAUGCGGGAAAAGUGGCGACAAAAGAAGAAGAGGCGACUACGCAACCAGAGAUAAGCGAGAAGGCUCCUGUGAAGAAGGAGACUGAGGAGCCCAUAGCUGAGAGGGAUGUAGGGGCAGCGGCUACUGGGGAGUCACCAGCGCCUAUCAAACAGGAGAACGACGUAGAAACUGGCGGAGCUGGUCCUACCACCUCUGCACCAGCUGCGGAUCCUCCGGUCACAAAGAGCUCUGGAAAGGGGUUACGACGAUUCUUGCCAUUCCUCUCUCAUAACGCUCGAACUGAAUGA